AUGAAUCAUUUAUAUGAGAAUCUAGGGCUAGAAGCCCGGAGUAAUAGCCUCUCUGGAUCUCGAUCAUCUCGCGUGAUUAAACAAGAACGCAAUGUCGAGCGAGAAGAGAAGCCCCGAAAGCAAAGAAAGCGAGCCCUGGUCGCAUGUACACGAUGCCGGAAAAGAAAGAUCAAGUGCAACGGCGACCUCAACAACGGUCUGGCUUGUUCCAGCUGCCGUAGUGUUGGCUCAACCGAAUGCCAGUACAUGCGAGUUCACUCCGACACUCCAGAGGAGAUCAAGAAGCGUUUAGCAGGUCUCCCUCCAACAUCUUCAGCUCGCUAUGGAGUAUACACAGGCCAAGCUCCUGGAAGACAAGGCCUCGUCUCCAUGGAAUCCCAAGCCCGCAUUCCGUACCGAGAGUAUGACAUAGCCAUGGACUGCACCGUCCACUACGACGAACAGUCCAACUACUACGCCCAGGCCUCACCAGGGUACAUGGUACCCAGUACCGGGGGCAUGAUAGUCGACUACAGCAUCUGGGGCGUGCGGACACCAUCUAACGGCAACUUAUUCGACCAAAGAGCAACUGGUCUAUCCCAAGCCCAAGCACAAGCUACCUACAGCUUCACUCUUCCCCAAGAAAUAUCAUCCGACAUGACCCAGCCAUCAGGAGUGAACCAAUCCUUCUCUGAAGUAGAACGCACACUUCCCACACCCUCAACCUGCAGAGGCCAACCCCAAACCCAGCCUCAAGCCCCCAUCACGACACUGCCCACCCUCCCCGAAGGACUCUCAGGCAUCACAUUGGCCACCGAUCCAAAGAGCUCAUUUUGGAGCUCCCACGCAAGAGGAAUGGCAAUGCCAACAGCCCCCAGCAACGGCUACAACAGCCCGCGCGUCAAAGCCAACACCUCGGAAACUGGGCCCCCAACACCAGACUUGACAUUCGGAUAUAUGCCCAUGGCCACGACGGAGGAUACAUUGCCACCCCUCCCACCAGCCGCAGCAUCCAUCCCCUCGUCCGCGGCUGGGAACAACGCUCUCUACCCAGUCGUUGACACGAUAGAUGAGUACCGCAAUGGCCCCGACGGCCGUUUAGCAUGCAACAAUACCUUCUCGCGUGACAAGGGUGCCAAUUCUCGUCUCCUUGCUCUGACGUUUGACUGCUCGCAUUAUUCUUAUGGGUAUAGCAGUGGUGAGAGGAGUAAGGCUCGUGGUGCUGCGGGUGCGGAUGCUGAUGCUCGUUGCUCGGCGCCGACGCUUAUGAACGGCUUGAAUUAUACUCGGGUUCGGCAUCCGGAACAUAAUCUGGCUUUACCCUUUGACCUCUUAUCUGAUCCGUUCCCUGAGUACGGUCGUGUUGAGAGUGUUACUCGGCAUCCUAUCUCGCCUUUGGGUCAUCGGGAUGCUUAUUAG